AUGGCGGCCGUACAAGACCGCUCGCAACAGCGCUCGGCGCCUGGCCCUUCCCAGACCCAGACGGAGACGCAGAGCAGGACGGGCACGCAAGCGAUCCUCCGGCUGAGGGGCGCGCAUGCGCCGUCACGGCAGUCGGUGCGCUGGGCCGAGGACGUGGUGGAUAAUGAGGGCCUAGGCCGCAAAAGCUCAAAAGUCUGCUGCAUCUACCAUCGCCCAAAGGCAGUCGACGAAUCGACCGACGAGUCCUCCUCAGAUUCAUCCUCAGACUCGUCCGACUCGGAAGCGGAUGAUGGCGGGAGACGCAGGGUACCCUCGGGCGACCACAAGGGCAAGGGGAAGAGCGCCAAGCGGGACCAUGACCACGACUGCGGCGAUCACGAUCACAACGGCCACAGGCACGGCAGGAAGGGCGGUCGUGACGACAAGGAGAAGAAGAUGAGGAGGCCUAGCCCGAAUGCGUACGAGAAGGUGCCGAAGCCGCCCAAGCCCAAGGACCAGGCGGGUGAGGGGAGUAAAGGCACUGGGGCCAAGGCUUGA